CAGGAGCGUCGCUCGGAUCCGGCCCGGGAGACGGCGGCGGCGGCGGCGGCGUCCGGCGGCAGCGCAAGCGCUAACGGCACAAGCCCCUGUCAUUUCCUAAGAAAACUUCAAAUAGCUCGAUCCGCUUCCAGCGCCCUCCUGUAUCCUUAACUGGGCAGUGAAGUCCUCUUGUGGGCAUGUAUGCGGUUUGGGCAGAACUUUUCUGAUGCGGUGGGGACUAUGGCAUGAGAACUGGUAAGACUCGGCUGUCGCCAUGACGGAACCCCACAGGGUUCAGUUCACCACUCUCCACGGCCCGCUAAGCUCCAGUUUCUUGAAAAAGCCUCGCAAAGAGGAUGCAGAGCAUCCACAGGACUCUGAACCGGCUGCAGCAGCAGCAGUUCGAAUCACGCUAACUCUCUUCGAGCCGGAUCACAAACGCUGUCCAGAAUUUUUCUACCCAGACCUUCUGAAGAGUAGUCGAGUCAAAGCAAAAAGUAGUUCUUCAGGAGACAAGAGGAAGGAUCCUGCUGAUCCCUUCAACGAUGAAGAAAAUGAAAGGCAAGAAGUUGAGGCUCUUGCUAGGAAGUUUGAAGAAAAAUAUGGUGGCAAGAGACGUAGAAAGGACCGUAUGCAGGACUUGAUUGAUAUGGGGUAUGGAUACGACGAAUCUGACUCCUUCAUUGAUAAUUCUGAAGCAUAUGAUGAGCUUGUUCCAGCUUCUCUAACUACGAAGUAUGGAGGGUUUUACAUCAACUCAGGAACACUGCAGUUUCGGCAAGCAUCUGAUGAUGAAGAUGACUACAUUAAAGAGAAAAAGAAGAAAACUCCCAAGAAGCGGAAGUUGAAAGAUGGCGGUGAAAAAAUGAAGAAGAAGAAGAAAGAUGAUUCUUAUGAGAAGGAAAAGAAAUCAAAAAAGUCCAAGUUCCCCAAAGCUGGCUUUACAGCAUUAAAUGCGAGUAAGGAGAAGAAGAAGAAGAAAUACUCAGGAGCUCUUAGUGUCAAGGAGAUGCUGAAGAAGUUUCAGAAGGAGAAGGAAGCUCAGAAGAAAAGAGAUGACGAGCCGAACGUGGUGACUCCUUCACCAGCAGAACCUCCGGCCCCAAAGGAGGUGGAGACGAUGUCUGACCCAUUGCUCUCACUCUUCGGUCAGGCCAGUGAUAAUGACCUGCUUCAAGCAGCUACUGCUAUGGAUUCAUUAACUGAUCUAGACUUGGAGAGGCUGCUCAGUGAAUCCCCAGAGGGGAGUCCCUUUCAUGAUGUGGAGGAUGGGAGUGAUCCUCUUGGGGUGGGCUUAGAACAGGAUUUCAAGCAGCCACCAUCCCUUCCAGAAGGACUACCAGCCUCUUUGGAGAAACGCAUCAAAGAACUGACUCAGGCUGCCAGAGCUGCAGAAGGAGAAGGAAAACAGAGAUUCUUCACUCAGGAUAUCAACAACAUCAUACUGGACAUAGAGCUGCAGACCCGAGAGCUGAACAGCCAGAUCCGCUCAGGGGUGUACGCCCACCUGGCUGCCUUCUUUCCUUGCAGUAAGGACACUCUGAUCAAACGUGCCCGUAAGCUUUAUCUCUAUGAACAGGGUGGCCGAUUGAAGGAGCCUCUACAGAAGCUAAAAGAUGCCAUUGGUAGGGCCAUGCCAGAGCAGAUGGCUAAGUACCAGGAGGAAUGCCAAGCCCAUACUCAGGCCAAAUUUGCCAAGAUGCUGGAGGAGGAAAAGGACAAAGAGCAGCGAGAUCGAGUUUGCUCUGAUGAUGAGGACGACGAAGAGAAGGGAGGCAAGCGCGUCAUGGGACCUCGAAAGAAAUUUCAGUGGAACGAUGAAAUCAGGGAGCUGCUUUGCCACUUGGUGAAGAUUAAAUUGGAUGGCUAUGAGCUUGAAAAGAAUAAGGCUCAGUCUCUGGAGGAUUAUGUGAAGACCUUCCUAGAUGCAGAGGUGAAGCCCCUCUGGCCAAAAGGCUGGAUGCAGGCCAGGACACUGUUUAAGGAGAGCAGGCGUGUACACGGACACCUCACAUCAGUCCUGGCAAAGAAGAAAGUUAUAGUCCCCACUAAGGUGAAAGUGAAGGAAUCUUCCUGUAAACCAGAUAAAAAGAUCCCAGUUUCUGUUCCUUUGAUGCACUCAAGCAGCACCUUGGCUCUGUCAUCAGAGCCCCAGGGAGGAGCUCUGGGAAACAGCACCCAGACCAGAGAACUCUUGACCCUUGGGUCAGCCCAAGCAGCCAGCAGCACUGGCACUUCUGCUACCUUCAUGGAUGACUCUUUGGAUGAGGACUUAAUUCAUAAUCCCACCUCUUCACUUGAAGCAGUCUCUAAAGAGCUGGCUGUGCUGAACAGCAGAGCAGGAGGGAGCCCUGACUUUACUCUUCCUGGACCUCCAAAAGCUCCAUCAGAGAAGAUGCCAAUUCUUGCAUCCUCAGAGGAGAAGAAGACACUUCCAAAAUCCAACCCUUCCCCUACACCACCUCCUGCUGGUUCCCUCCAGUCUCCUCUAAAUUUCCUGGCUGAGCAGGCACUGGCAUUGGGUCAGUCCUCUCAAGACAAAAAGACAGAGAGCUCAAAUUACAAAGAGCUAUCCUGCCAACCCUCCCCGAGCAAAAUCCUUCAUGAUGCACACCAAUCUAAACAGAAACACCACAGCUUGCUCCGACCUAGCCACGGGCCUCAGACCUCCACCCCAGUGCCAGGCACUCAGGUGAAGGUCUUUCACUCAAGCAGCCAGCCACAGAAAACUUUCACAUCCCCAGCUCCAUUUGUCAAACUGCAAAACCCCAAGUCAUCUUCCCCAGUGCCCCAGCGUGCACUUCUCCAGCAGGUCAAGUCAUCAACCAAAGCUCAGAGCUUCCAUUCCUCUGCUUCACCAAGCAGCACCCCAACUUCCACCAGCUCCCACAAGAGCCCAGGCUCAUCCUCAUCAUCUCUCAGCUACACAGGAAAGCACUCAAGUGGGUCUAGCUCUUCAGGACAAUCUUACAAAUCUCCCUUUGUUUCUGGCUCCCUCUCCAAGCAUGGAGCCUCUUCCAGCAGCUCCUCAUCUGGAGCUUCUGCAAACCAGGGCUGCUCCUCUGGUAGCUUGCUGCCUGGUGUGCAGACUCCUUCCUCGGGCCAGACAUCCAGCCGCUCAUCCCCAAGCUCCUCAGUGAAGAAAACACCCGUUUCCCAGAAGCUGACUCUGGUAGCACCGCCUGGUGGUUCAAACGGAGAUUCUAGUGGGGGUACUCAAGGGGUGGCCAAAUUACUGACAUCCUCCCUAAAGCCAGCUGUUGUUAGCAGCACUGCAUCUUCUACCUCUGUGCCGAAAGGAACUAGUGGAGCUGUGCUGCUAACAAGUUCUUCCUCCUUAAGUGUACUGUCUCCAUCCUACAAGUCCAGCAAUCCAAAGCUGCCAGCUGCUCUAAGCUCCACCCCUUUAGGUAUUAUCUCUCCUAUUCAUUCCUUCCCUCUUCAUGUCAUCUCCUUCAGUUCAGACUCCUCCCCGAAAGCAGGAGUAUCAAAGGAUGCAAUAGUUACAGGACCUGCCCCAGGAACUUUCCACCAUGGCCUUGGCCACAGUCUUCUAGCUGGCUUGCACUCCAGCCCCCACCAUGCAGCGCCACUCCCACAUUCUGCCCUGUCCACUCAUUUACCGCAAAGUUUGCCAGAUGCUUCUCAGCUUCAUGGCAAAGGGUCCAAUGUACAGCAGCGGAAAUUGUGACAUCUGCAAGGAGGGGAGCUAGAGCACACAUAGGAUAAAACCAAGAGGAACAGGUCAUGACGAUUGAAUACCGGCUAUGUCUUUUUCUCACGACAACUGGAGAGACUGAACUGCAAAGAGGAGCUCAUUGGCGCAUUUGCUCAGAGGCUUUCGGAGCAAGGCCUUACACAAAGGGUCACCUUGAGCUAUGCCCUAAUGGGAGAAGCAUCUGUAGCACUGUUUUAUUGCUGCUGCCCUUCACGCAUUCCCUAGCACUGGCAAGUGCUAGAACUUACAAGGAGACUCUGGUGGCUUGGCUUUCUUGCAGAAAAUCUGGUGCUGGUGGAUUCCCACCCACCUAUGUCUACAUCUGCCAAGUACCUCCAAGUCUAGUUACCUCCUUGGUCUCCCAGUGGAGCGUGUGAAAGGUGCUUCUUUCUGCUUUGGAUUUACUUGGAUAAUUCUAGCACUGCCAGUGCUUUCUGAAGAUAUUUGACUAACUUUUCAAUUGUACUAUAAAACUGUGCUACACUCAAUUGGAGGACUUAACUUUUCCUGUGUGGUGAAUCUAACAAACCACCUGACGUUCCCCUCUGGAGGAGAAGGAAGACUCUUUAGAGAGACAUUUCUAGAUGCACUCAUGAACAUCGAGAAUUCUACUUCUUUUGUUCUUUGGAUUUUUUUUCCUCCAAAGGGAUGCAUUUUUUUCUGCUCAAUUUUAUCCUCAUUACCAUUGAAUGCAUUGGAUCGAAUGGGACACUUCUCAGCAUGUCACAUGUAUAGGAAGACAUAAUUCCAGUGCCUUUUAUGGUGGAGCAAGAAUGGACUAAUGAUACACAUUUCAGCCCUAUUUUGUGUGCUCCUCAACCCUUUUUUAAUCAUUCUGUAUUUAAGAUGUAUUCUGUUUUAUUUAAUAGAGCUUUUUAUGGUUGCACAUCAAAAAAAAGCUGCACUGUCUGGACUUUAAUGGUGUCUUGGUGACUGUGAAUACAGUACCAAAUCCAGCAAGAGCACCAGUUCUUAUCUGAGUUUGUGCAAGCCUUCCCCUAAAGCCAUUCUUUCCUAGGGUCUUCAGUCAUGAUCUCUUUGGUGGGCAGAGGGAAUGAUCUAGGUUAACCAGGGUCACUACUACUCAACAGAAUUCUGGAAAAUAAUAAUGCUCUCCUGGAUGAUUUCUGCACUAGAAUCAUGUGCUUGUCACAGCUGCAGGAAUGGGGACCAUCUAGAACUGGGGGAUCUCAUUUUUAAUUUUUUAACUGUUAGACCUAAAUACUGAUCCUUGAGCAUACCCUUUCGAUCUGUGCAUAGCUAAGGGCAGACUAUGGUUCCAGCUGAGCUUACGGGUUUUGAUUUUUCCACUCUCCCAGUCUCUCUUCUCUCAGGCCCCCAUAGCCGCAUCUGAAUUAUGCAGCAGCAGCACUGACCCACGUAGACUUCACUGGUAUUCCCAGGAAACGCUUGCAGCCUUCCUUCUUGAGCUUUGGGGAAGGAUGCUGACAUUGAGCAUACUAGCAAAUAUUUGUUUUAGUUUUCCCCAUUUUUUGGUAAGAUCCAAGAUAAAUGAUUUCCCAAGAUCACUACAUUGUAUUUUUAAGCAAAUGCAGCUCAGAAAUUAAAAAUUUGUUUACAAAAAUACCUAGGUUGUAGCAAAAGAGCCAAAGACAGAACUUGUGUUAGCAAAAUUUAGCACAGCGGUUACUGACGGACUCUGAGCAGUGGAUGUCGCGUGGUUCCCGUUGAAGGCCUAAUCCUGAGAGGUACUGUGCACCUUCAACUUUCAAUGGUAGCUGAAAGAGUGUUUAAAUACCUGGCAGGAUGGGGACUCUCAGCGAGCGGCCUGAGGUACUGGUUCUACUCCCUCUCUUUGCUUUCACUUGAAUGCUUCUGCUGGGAAGCACACACGUGCACGGCCAGAGCAGAAUGCCCUCAUUCUAGGAAUUUAGCAAAGCCUCUUGCCUCAGGGAAAUGUUUAUUUGGUGGAAAUUCUGUGGGCUAUUUUUUUUUCUUUACAUGCUAUAAUGAAUGAGUGAAUGGUAUUGAGCAGAGUCGCAGCAAGGCAGAACCACGCAAAGCCCUGGCAGCUGACGGGGAGCCGGGAGUCCGGCAGCUCUGCCUUGACAAGGCCACCCGCAGCACUCCCGUGACAGCGUGGGGAGGCGAGGCUCCCGUGGCGCUUACUUUGUAUGGCCGUUCCUUUCGAGCGUAAGAGCUGCAGUUUACUACUAUUACAUCUGUGUGUGUGUGUGCAUGUGUUGGGACUGUCUUGCUGAAGAUGGUGGGGGUGGUAUGAGAACUGUUAAUCUUGUACAGAACAACUGAAUAAAUUGUUUCAAAGUUUCCAAAA